AUGUUGCUCGCAUUUGUUAAAUCAAUAUGGGUAACAUGGGCAUCCAAGCUUUCAGUAUCACGGAGCAGCAGCGUAUCGAGCAUCGCGCAGAGGACACUGCUGCCAGCCCUGUUUCAGGCUCGAAAAGCGCAAAGCGAGCCGUUGUCACAUCAAGACAACACAGCGCGAUCGAGGCACUCGCGUUCGCGGUACAACGAUGAAAAGCCCUGCCUCGUAUUUGGACCGGAUAAUGGCAGCCACAAUGCCUGCUUUUUUUGUCGAGUCGAGUUCCCCGACGAUGCCACCAAAUGGGUAGUUCAGAUGCCGAUUGAGCUAGCUCUCCAUCGGCCAUGGGACAAGCUGAUAAGCGAAGUGGCCACUUCGAAGCACCUACAAAAGCACACAACUAUAUCUAUACCAGUCGUUCGCGCAUAUGGCCGAGGCGAAAGCCUAGCUUGCGACGACACUGCGCAAAUGUUUCUGGUUUCCAACUACAUCCGCGGCAGGCCCCUUGAGCCACCCAUGCUUUUCCAACUUGAGCAGUCCAUUCGCACACGGCUGUACAACCAGAUCCAUGACGCCUUCUUGCAGCUCCGGCAGCUCGAAUUCUCUACGAUGGGCUCUUUGACACAUUGGACGGGCAGGGCGAACCAGUGGUUGGCGAUAUGCUCACCUUUGCCGACAACGAGCUCUCCGUUUGUCGACAUUUAUAGCUGCGCGGGACUAUCUGAAAAGGCACCUCGAAACGCACUUCCACAAUCUCAUCACCGACGAGCUAGACAAAGGCCCGUUUGUCCUGAAUUCACGGGGACAUGCGCCUACCAUACAUCAUCGUCGAACCUGCAAGUCCAGGGGUUCCUCGACUGGGAGUUCUCCAACAUUGUACCGCUGCCGCUGUUUGCGCCUCCGUCAUGGGCCACCGACCACGACGAUCCGGGGCUGCACUACCUGAGUUUCGACUUCCGCACAGAGCUGCACAGGGCCGCAACUUCAGCGCGACGCAUUCCGAGCUCUUACACGAGUGGUAUCCAAGCCGAAACCUCGAGCCCAGCACGGCUUUCAGUAUUGCGCUCAUUGUGCGCUUUACUAGUCAUGUGGCGGACGUGUUCCACCGGAGAUUUGCGAAAGAAUUCGGAGACGGACUGCAUGAGGCAAUCUCUGGAUUCUUCAACGCUAACAAAGACUAUGCCGCCGAGGCCAAGCGGAGAGCAGAGAGAAACGCAGCAAUAA